GUUAGUACAAGACAAUUAAGGCAGUAGAUUAGACCUUAUAUUAUUCUAUUUACAAAACGUUCGAAGAAGACUUUUGGUUUUAUAAAUUAAACUCAUUUGCAAGUCUCAAGACUCAAGAGUAACCGCAAACAAACAAAAUAGGAGCCAACGUUUAUCGACAGAGGCUAUGCAUAUUACAAGACCACAUGCUGUCAUGUUCGCUAGCCCAGGAAUGGGCCAUGUCAUCCCGGUGAUCGAGCUUGGAAAACGCUUAGCCGGAUCCCAUGGCUUCCAAGUUACCAUCUUUGUCCUUGAAGCCGAUGCAGCCUCAGCCCAAUCCCAAUUUCUUAACUCACCUGGCUGCGAUGCAACACUUAUUGACGUCAUCGGUCUCCCCACUCCCGAUAUCUCCGGUUUAGUGAACCCAUCAGGCCUUAUCGCGAUCAACCUUUUGACCAUGAUGCGUGAGACCAUACCAACCCUCCGGUCAAAGAUCGAGGAGAUGCAGCCCAAACCAACGGCUUUGAUCGUAGACUUGUUUGGUCUGGACGCGUUAUGCCUCGGUGGUGAGUUCAACAUGUUGACUUACGUCUUCAUCGCUUCUAAUGCACGUUUUCUCGCGUUGACUAUGUAUUUCCCAACGCUGGAGAAGGACGUUGAAGAAGAGCACAUAAUCAAGAAGAAACCCUUGCCUGUGCCUGGAUGUGAACCAGUUCGGUUUGAGGAUACUCUUGAACCGUUCCUUGACCCAACCGACCAGAUAUACAGGGUUUUUGUUCCUUAUGGUUUACUUUUCCCAACGGCUGAUGGUCUUAUUGUGAAUACAUGGGAUGAUAUGGAGCCCAAGACUUUGAAAUCUCUUCAAGACCCAAAGCUCUUGGGUGGAACCGCUCGUGUACCGGUUUAUCCAGUUGGUCCCUUGUGUAGACCGGUUGAUCCAUCGAAAACUAACCAUCCGGUUUUGGAUUGGUUAGACAAGCAACCUGAGGAGUCCGUGCUUUACAUCUCAUUUGGAAGCGGCGGCUCUCUCUCAGCUAACCAGCUAACCGAACUAGCGUGGGGGCUCGAGCUGAGCCAGCAACGGUUCGUUUGGGUGGUCCGUCCACCGGUAGACGGUUCAGCCAGCAGCGAGUAUUUAUCUACUAAUAGCGGGGAAAUACAUGAUUAUCUACCAAUAGAGUUUAUUAGCCGGACACAAGAGAGAGGCCUUGUGGUCUCUUCAUGGGCUCCACAAGCCGAGAUCCUAGCCCACCAAGCCGUUGGCGGGUUUCUGACUCACUGUGGUUGGAACUCGAUUCUUGAAAGCGUAGUUAGCGGCGUUCCAAUGAUUGCUUGGCCUCUUUUUGCAGAUCAAAAAAUGAAUGCAACUUUGCUGCACGAGGAGCUAGGUAUCGCCAUACGGUCUAGGAAACUAAUGUCUGAGGAAGUGGUUUCGAGGGUGGAGAUCGAGUCGUUGGUGAGAAGGAUUAUGGUGGAGGAGGAAGGUUGCGAGAUGAGAGAGAAGGUGAAGAAACUGAGGGACACGGCGGAGAAGUCGAUGAGUUGCGAUGGUAGUUCAUCGCAUGAGUCGCUUUCGAGAGUGGCUAACGAAUGCGACCGUCUUUUGGAACGAGCUAAAAAUGCUCGUGGUGCCUAGUGUACCGUAUUGGAUUUUACGUUGAACUACGUAUCGUUUACUAUUUCUGGAAUGUUGUGUUAUGUUUUUCUUGUCUUGCUAAAUGCCACAUGCUAUCUCGUUUUGUUCA